AUGCAUGUACCGUGGGCACCAUUACUCCUGGCAGUUUCAUCCAUUGUUGCGACUAGUCUUGCCUCGCCAGUGGACGUUAUCACUGCUGCCUCUCGCCAAAAGGUCAUACCUCCCACGGACUAUGAGGUUAUCAUCAUUGGAGGCGGCCCGGCUGGGCUCAGUGCCUUGAGCGCACUAGCUCGUGUACGCCGUAAGGCAGUCGUGUUUGACUCCGGUGAGUAUAGAAACAAGGAUACGAGGCAUCAGCAUGAUGUCUAUGGCUGGGAUGGUGCCAUUCCAUCAGUUGUGCGCUCGAUCGCCCGCCGGCAAAUUCUCAGUUACCCUUCGGCUUCCAUUGUGGAAACGAAAAUUAUGGACAUUGAAUACAUUGAGGAAGGACCAAUAUUUACUGCAACAGAUUACAAGGGCAAACGAUAUACAGCGCGGAAAAUUGUUCUGGCGAGCGGUAUGAGAGACAUUCUUCCCCCCACACCGGGUAUUCGAGCUGCGUGGGGUAAAGGCAUUUAUUGGUGCACGUGGUGCGAUGGUUAUGAAAACCGUGACAGAUCCCUUGGUCUCCUCGGGAACUUCUCCACGGAAGUGAUCAAAACAAGCAUCUACGUGCAAUCCUUGAACAAGGACGUCAUCAUCUAUGCUGACGGGACCUGGUCUUAUAACGCGGCUGCAAAAGUCACCGAAGAGUUCCCUGAUUGGCAAGCACAACUUGCGUCCUACAAUGUAUCGAUUGACAACCGACCCAUAGCAUCAAUCGAUCGGGUCCAGGGAAGCGUGACUGAAGAGGGCGAGGAUGAAUUUGAGGUGAAAUUCAAGAGCGGCGGCAGCACUGUUCGUCAAGCCUUCUUGGCUGGUUUCCCUGCAGAGCAGGCCAGUGAUCUCGCUCAAAGGUUGGGGCUUGAAAUUUCGGAUCAAAAAAUCGUCGUAAAUAAGGAUAUGGAGACAAGCAUGCCCGGUGUUUAUGCGAUUGGUGAUGCCAAUAGCGAUGGCUCUUCAAACGUCGCUCAUGCCAUGUCAAGUGCCAGAAGGGCAGGCGUUACAAUCGUGCAUGCUCUCGCAGCUGAGGAUGCUCAAGCUCUUUCUGGAACACAGAAUGCUCCGGGCCACAAGUAGCUGGCGUCACCUAGUACGAUGGUUUACCUCUCAAAGACAUGCUCUUAUAAAGUUGCACAAUAAUAAGAGAACUGACAAGCUGCUUCCAAUUCGUAGAAGCACUUAAGGGACCACUAUCUUACACACUCAGAGGUCUAACAUUAUAUCCGCCCAUAUAUUGCUCCGAUUGUCUUCGAAUUUGAAACUAUUAAUUUCUGUAAAUUAAAAUAAAACUAAAUUUCAUUAUUUUAAAAUGGCAUCAAUAUGG